CCAAGUUCCUGUGCUCAUUCCUUCCGGCAGAGCAAGGGGGGGGCAAAGCAAGCUGCUCUUGGGCAAGAGCCCUUUUUACUUUCCUUGAGACUCCUCUCCUGUCUCUGCUCAGCUGACAUGGAGAAGCUUGUGCACCUCAUCUUCUUGGUCUUCUUGUCAGCAGCCUGUGCAGCAGAGAACAUCACGGUGGUGUAUGGAAUGGAGGGGGACACCAUUUCUGUCAACUGCACCUAUAACCCCUGGCAGCAGCGAUGGAGAGAAAAGAGUUGGUGCAAGCAGAUCCAUGAGACCAAGUGCCAACAUGUGGUGAGUGCCCGACGCUUCUGGCUGCCUUUCCUAAAGAACAGGAACGGUUCCACCUCUAUCAGCGACAACAUCCGUGAAGGUGUCCUGACAGUCACCAUAAAGGGACUCAAGAAGCAGGAUGCUGGCUUGUACCAGUGCAAAAGUGACUACCUGGGGGAAACAAACAGCUUAAGGAAAGUGCAAGUGGAAGUGCUGACAGCUGUCCUGGAGACCCAAAUGCCAGAGGAGCCGAGGGCUGUGCAGAGCAUCUCCAGCAUCCCUCCUGAAGCUGAUUUCACUGUCUUCUAUAUCCUUGCUGGAUUACUGGUUUCUAAGUUCCUGGUGGCUGUGCUGAUCUUUAUCAUUGGCAACAGCAGGAAGAGCAGAGAAACAGUGGACGAACCCAAGGCUGAGUGAGCAGCAGGUCCUCCCUUUCACUGGUGAUGGAAUCAGCCCCUCCUGGGAGAGCACUGCUUAGAGCCACACCAAAGGGAGGUCACAGGGAAAUGACCAUCAGACAUUUGCAGGCAAAGCUUUGCCACCUGCUGUAAGAAAAGCAUCGCCUACUAAACAUAGGCACCGCUGAACCUGUUGCUCUGGAGAGGGAACGUCACCAUCUGCCACUUCUUCCUCUUAGUGAUGACCAGCUUUUCCCAGCACAACUGAACUGAAAAGAUGCUGCCAGUAGCACCCGAAUCUAAAGGAAGAGGAUGGGAUCGAGGGCUGGGGGAAAAGAGGAACAUGAAAUCUUUCUGUCAAGAGAUCCAGCACAGGCUUAUCUGUGUGCAGAGAUGCUUCCCCAGGCACAUGGAGGGUGAGCAGCUCUGUUCAGUUUUCUCCCAGCUCAUUGCUAGGCCAGAAAAAAAUUGCUCUGUACAGCUGGCAAAUGUACAUGCUUUGUUAGAAAUAAAACUACAGAUAAACCAGCGACAAGACCAGAAGUUUAGGUAACACAUCCCAACCACAAUGCGUUGAGCAACUCACACACACAUCCUCAUAAUGUAAAAAUGGAAAGACAUGGUUAUGUCUCAAAUCCUCAAGAACUUCUGAUUCAUGGAAAUCAGUGAUAAAGAACUGAUGCAGGUUUCCCAUUUGAUCUCUAGUGAUUGCCCUCCUCAGGCUGGGGCUGGUUAUUUCCUUGUCUUCAGCUUUUUUCAAGGUGUCCUACAUGUCUCCACAAAACACUUGAAUGCUACCCCCAAAAGCAUGAAAAACAACCAGAACUAGAUGGUCUCUAUUGAAAGCUAAGAGUAUAAUUUGUCUAAAAAUCAGGUUUUUAACUGAGAUUCCACUCUCUAAAGCCUUUGGCAAUGCGGUGUUCUGCUGUCCUCUCCAGCCACUGCCAGCAGCACCAUCAGGCAGAGUUACACCAGAUACUCAUCCCCAGUAUCAUUUCACCAGGGUCUGAACUGAGACACACCAACUUCGGGUCAUUUCAGAACAGUGCCAGGGGACAGAUCCUGUCUUUCCAAGGUGAUGAAGACUAACUCCCAGAAACUGCCUUGGGCAGUGUGGAUCCUUGGUGAACAGUCACUGUGGAAAGGUACAAGGGACAGUGGAACAUAAUAGAAUGGAAUGGGAAGUCUCCCUGCAGCCCUGAGCCUGCUUCCUUAUUUCUCAAAGCACAAAGUUCUCUUUGCAAGCACAGAAUGAACUGGCUCUCUGUAUUUCUCCCUGUAUUCUUUCUACCCUCUUAAGGGGAUGUUUACUAAUACGUGACCAUUGCUCAUCACUCCCCAAAGUGAAGUUGCAUUUUGCUCUCCCAGGAAGACCCCAAACCCAAGGCUAUUCACAUUCUUUU